AAAAUAUGUGUAAGUGGCGCAAACCUCACUUUAAAAUCCUAUUUAUUUAAAAGCUAUGGCAUAAAAUAACAAAUAAGUAAAUUUAAAGGGAUAUUUAUGAAUAAUAAUAAACAAUGCUAUAUUCCAUCCAACAUACAUGUAUAAACCACCUUAAGUGCGAGGUUAUUCAGAGGUUAAGGAUAGAGGUAUAUGGGUAAACUUAUACAAAUUUCGGGUUUAGUGGUAAUUUUAGAUAUUUAAUAAUUUGAGGAUUCGAGGAUAAUUCAAAUAUUCGAGGAUUUUGGAAUUAUGGAAGAAUAAGCACAGGUUGUAAAGUAAUAAAGUUUGUAGCAAGAUGGGUAAAUACAGUGGAAAAACUUGCCGUCUGUUAACCAUUCUGAGUAUAACAACUUCGUUCUUUGUCGUAGAGAUUAUUGUGGGAUAUAUCACAAAUUCUUUAUCUCUAGUAGCGGACUCUUUUCACAUACUAUCUCACAUUGUGGCGCUAAUUGUUGGCUUCGUCUCAGUCAGGAUAUCAAAAUGUCGCUCUCAAAAGAACACAUUUGGUUGGGAGAGAGCGGAAAUAGUCGGGGCUCUGGUAAACUCAGUUUUCCUUAUAGCCCUGUGCUUUUCUAUCUUGGUUUAUGUAUUGAAGAGGCUGGUAGAAAUAGAAAAGAUAGAAAACCCCAAGUUGCUCUUGAUUGUAGGCUGCACUGGUCUCCUGAUAAAUUUUCUCGGACUUGCCUUGUUUUAUAACCAUGAUCAUAGUCAUGUUGGAGCUGUCGGUCGUGGUCACAAUCACGGGGAUAAAAAUACUGAGGAAGACCAUGCAGCUCAAAAAGAAAGCGAAACAUUGGUCGAGAAGAAGCCAGGACCAGUUGAAGUAUGUUCUAGUGGUUCGGAGGUUGAUAUGGAAGAAGUGGUGAUAGAAUUUGACGAGAAUAGCUUUUCUUCAAGUGCUCAACUUAAUAUGAGAGCAGUAUUUUUACAUGUAUUGGGUGAUGCUCUCGGCUCAGUGAUUGUUGUAAUAAGUGCUCUAGUUAUUUGGUUUGUAGACGAAGACUGGGUGUAUUAUGUAGACCCUGGUAUGAGCAUCGUCAUGGUGUUCAUUAUUUUUUCAACAACAAUACCACUUUUAAAAAAGGCAGCAUUAAUACUUUUACAGGCAGUACCUACGCAUAUACAAGUAACAGAUAUAAAAGAUAAAAUGAUGAAAAUAGAUGGUGUAGAAGAUGUACACGAGUUUCACGUAUGGCAGCUAGCUGGAAAUCGAGUGAUUGCCUCCGCCCACAUCGGUUGUCGUAAUCCACACGAGUACAUGGCUUUAGCAAGGAAAAUAAUAGACCUCUUUCAUGAUGAGGGAAUACAUUCCACAACUAUUCAACCUGAAUUUUCUGAGGACUGGGACAACAUGCCAUCUUGCUGUGUUUUAGCAUGUGGUCCAGAGAAAAGUUGUUACCUUGACACUUGUUGUGCCGUGCCAAAAAAAUCUUUGGCAAACUAGUCAGAAAAUGGGAUUGUUACGACCAAGAGAUUGGCAGGGAAUGGAAAACAGUCGUCGCCAAAUGAAAUCGUAUGAUUUAACAAAGUAUUAGGAAUUUUGAUGAUAAGUGUACGAACAAAACUAUUUACACUCUUGUGUUUCUUCUUGAACAAAAAUCAGAUUGUGUGUUACAAUGUAUCGGCGUGUUAUAGAUUAUAAAGGUGCUUUAUUAUUUUGUCAGAAUUGUUGUCAAAAAUCUAUUUUUAAGAAUUUUUAAGAUUUUAUAUAUAUCAUGGGUAUUUUCAUGUAUAUAGGGCAUUGAAGAAAAAAAUAAUGGGUAAUUAUGUUUAUAUAAUUACUAAUCUUGUUUUGAACAAAGAAAAAUGUCUAAUGUCUGCUACAAUAUUGCUGUAUUUAUUAUACAAAGAAAAUUGUAGUUAACUAUGAAACUAUAAAUCAUGCAACUAUAGUUGUUGUUGUUUUUUUAUCAGCACUGGACAAUGGAUUAGUAAAAUUUUAGCCUUGAUUACCUUUU